ACUACACGACGAGGAAGUAGAGAGGCUGGUGUUUUAGCAAGUCAUAUCUCAGCUGUACAGUCACAGAUAUAACAUUGUUCUAUCUAUACAAAUCUUUGGCAAGGUAGUGAGGGAUAUUCUGAGUCAUUUCGGUGAGCUCCCAACUGGAUCCUCGUUCAAAAUACUUUAAAACUCGAUCUAGAACCAAGGGGAAAUUGCAAAUCGCCGUUGUAAAGCCCAGAAAUUAACUACCUUUAUGUCAGAUCGUGCACGUUUAAAUACAUUUUUACCUGGAUAAAUUCUUCACCUACAAAAAAAUGCAUUUUCUUUAAACACACUGCAAAAAUGACAGCGUGGCCCAGAAUGACACACUUUCUUGUUUCUGCAGUGAGGAUUCACCCUCUUUAGACAAUUAUUCUGUAACGUAUCUGCAGGUAAUCGUUUUGAGACCAAAAAAACAACAGUAGUACAUGUAUGUAAAUCAGGGAGCCCAGUGAACGCCUCUUUCACUCAUGAGAUUCGGUUCCCGACGUUCAUUAAAAAAAGAGCAGCUAGGUCGCGAACGACCCAUCACAGUGAAAUGGAAACUUAUGAAAGCACUGAUAAUGAAGCAAAGGACACCACAUCUCCAAACGAGAAUGACAAAACUUGCUGUUUCUGUAAUAUUGCCAAGGAGCAGUCGGGAUCGGACACAGAAAUGCAGCUUUUUGAUGAUGAACUGGUCUGCUUUCGUGACCUGAAACCCGGGGCACGGCAUCAUUACCUGGUUGUACCUAGGACACACGUCGGCCGGAAGGAGCACAUACCUUUGGUGGAGAAGAUGGAGGAGAUGGGAAGGAGUGUAUUGCAGAAGAAAAAGGUGACUGACCUGGAUGACAUAAGGAUGGGGUUCCACAUGCCCCCCUUCUCCUCUGUCCCUCACCUCCAUCUCCACGUCAUUGCUCCUGCCAGUCAGAUGAGCAUCAGGUCGCUCAGGCACUAUGGGCCACAAUCCUAUUGGUUCAUCACUGUAGACAAAGUGCUCCAGCAGUUAAGGACCCAGAACCAGGUCAAAUAAGAACACCUGGUUUAGCAGGACACAACAGCACUGGGCCACAACUCUUACAUGGCUGACUGCAUUCCCUCCCUAUACUUGACAUGCACUAAUCUGAAGGACUGGCCUGCAAAAAUAUUUUUUUUUUUUUUUUUUAAAAAGACAGUAAAAUCACCAGGAAUUCUGCAAAAAAUAAAAGAUGUGAUCAUGUCUCUCAAUGUAA